UGUGCGGCGCCCCGCCUUCUGCCCAAAUUGAUCUCUUCAUUACGCUCAAGUAACCAACAUGUCAGGGUGGGAGUCUUAUUACAAAAAUCAGGGUGAUGAGGAAGAAGAAGAUCAAGAGGAGGGCCUUGAAGAAGGUGGAGAUUAUAAAUAUUCAGGAAGAGAUAGUUUGAUUUUUUUGAUUGAUGCUUCUGAGGCCAUGUUUGAAACUCAGGAUGAAGAUGAGUUGACUCCUUUUGACAUGAGCAUCCAGUGUAUCCGGAGUGUAUACACCAGUAAGAUCAUAAGCAGUGAUCGAGAUCUCUUGGCAGUGGUGUUCUAUGGUACCAAGAAGGACAAAAAUUCAGUGAAUUUCAAAAAUAUUUACGUCUUGCAGGAAUUGGAUAAUCCAGGUGCUAAACGAGUGCUAGAGCUUGACCGCUUUAAGGGGCAGGAGGGGAAGAAACAUUUCCAAGACCUAAUUGGCCAUGGAUCUGACUACUCCCUAAGUGAAGUACUGUGGGUCUGCGCCAACCUCUUUAGUGAUGUCCAGUUCAAGAUGAGCCAUAAGAGGAUCAUGCUUUUCACCAAUGAAGAUGACCCCCAUGGCAAUGACAGUGCCAAAGCCAGCAGGGCCAGGACCAAAGCUGGGGAUCUCCGUGACACAGGUAUCUUCCUUGACUUGUUGCACCUAAGGAAACGUGGGGGCUUUGACAUAUCCUUGUUCUACAGAGAUAUUAUCAGCAUAGCAGAGGAUGAGGACAUAGGGGUUCACUUUGAGGAGUCGAGCAAGCUCAAAGACCUGUUGAGGAAGGUUCGCGCCAAGGAGACCAGGAAGCGCGUGCUCUACAGGUUGAAGCUUAAGCUCAACAAAGAUGUAGCGCUCACUGUUGGCAUUUAUAAUAUGGUCCAGAAGGCUCUCAAACCUUCUCCAGUGAGGCUUUAUCGGGAAACAAAUGAACCAGUGAAAACCAAGACCCGGACAUUUAAUGUAAAUACAGGCAGUUUGCUUUUGCCUAGCGACACCAAGAGGUCCCAGACCUAUGGGAGUCGUCAGAUUGUAUUAGAGAAAGAGGAAACAGAAGAGCUUAAACGGUUUGAUGAACCAGGUUUGAUUCUCAUCGGUUUCAAGCCCUUGAUAAUGCUGAAGAAGCACCAUUACCUGAGGCCCUCCCUGUUCGUGUACCCCGAGGAGUCCCUGAUAAAUGGGAGCUCAACCCUAUUCAGUGCUCUACUCACCAAGUGUCUGGAGAAGGAGGUCAUGGCAGUGUGCAGAUACACACCCCGCCAGAAUGUCCCCCCUUGUUUUGUGGCCUUGAUGCCACAGGAAGAGGAGCUGGAUGACCAGAAAAUUCAGGUGACUCCCCCAGGCUUCCAGCUCAUCUUCUUGCCCUAUGCUGAUGACAAACGGAAGGUGCCCUUUACUGAAAAAGUCAUGGCAAACCCAGAGCAGAUAGACAAGAUGAAGGCUAUUGUUCAGAAGCUCCGCUUCAAGUACAGAAGUGACAGCUUUGAGAACCCAGUGCUGCAGCAGCACUUUAGGAACAUGGAGGCCUUGGCUUUGGAUUUGAUGGAGCCCGAACAAGCCGUGGAUCUGACACUGCCCAAGGUUGAAGUAAUGGACAAAAGACUGGGCUCCCUGGUGGAUGAGUUUAAGGAACUUGUCUACCCACCAGAUUACAAUCCUGAGGAAAAAGUUCCCAAGCGAAAACAAGGUGAUGAAAAUUCUGGAAGCAAAAGGCCCAAGGUGGAGUUAUCUGAAGAGGAGCUGAAGGCCCACGUCAGCAAGGGCACACUGGGUGCUGGUGACGCGCGGCCAAUGAUUGGACGAAACGGCCUGCGCAUGCGCGCUGCAGACCUCGCGGCUAGGAGCCGCGGCGGGUAGGGAAGGGCAGGGAGGUGCAUCCGGCAGGGAGGUGCAUCCGCCUCUGAACAGCCAGCGGCGGGGGCGGGGGUGGGGCAAGAGCUGGAGAGCACGGAUGGAUGUUUGGCCAAAACUGCACCAAACAAGCAUAUGUGCAUAGGUGCAUAUGCCUCCUGGCUGAAUGCAGAGGGAACAUCUGUAAUUUUUUUUUAAAAUAUUUAUUUGGUUGCGCUGGGUCUUAGUUGCAGCUUGGGGGCUCCUUAGUUGCAGCUCACCGGCUCCUUAGUUGUGGCAUGUGAACUCUUAGUUGCGGCAUCCAUGUGGGAUCUAGUUCCCUGACCAGGGAUCAAACCCCAGUCCCAUGCACUGGGAGCGUGGAGUCUUAACCACUGUGCCACCAGGGAUGUCCCUUAAUGUUUAGUUUUUUUUGUCCUGUUUUGUUUUUUAAAUUUUUAUUUUUUGGCUGCGUUGGGUCUUCGUUACUGCACGAGGGCUUUCUCUAGUUGCACCAAGCAGGGGCUACUCUUCAUUGUGGCGUGCAGGCUUCUCAUUGCAGUGGCUUCUCAUUGUGGAACACGGGCUCUGGGCACACGGGCUUCAAUAGUUGCGGCACGCAGUUCAGUAGUUGUGGCACUCAGUAGUUAUGGCUCACGGGCUCAGUAGCUGUGCCUCGGGGGCUCUAGAGCACAGGCUCAGUAGUUGUGGUGCACGGGCUUAGUUGCUCUGCAGCAUGUGGGAUCUUCCCAGACCAGGGCUCAAACACAUGUCGCCUGCAUUGGCAGGCAGGGAAGUCCUGUAAUGUUUAGAUGUAAUGUCUUAUUAAAAAAUUAGAAGAAAAGUAACGCAGGACCAUGAAAUCUGGGAGAGAUUAGUCAUCCACUUCCUCUCCCUCCCCCUCAAACAGAAAUUCCAACCUCAAAUCCGUUUUGGAGGGAAAGCACACACCUGUUAUUCUCGACCAGCAGCUAUGAUGACUAUCCAGCCUUUCUGGUUUGAGCCCAAACUAUCCCUGAAUGUGUAAUCUUCAUUGUAACUGACUGCCUCAUAUAUGAAAGCCAGUCCUACCUAGAAUUUACUUCUGGGUACUCAAGCAGCUGGGACCCUCUCACCUGUGGGCCCUGCUAGCACUUCCGGCAUUCUUUGUCACCAGAGCAAUUUUGACAUGGUCAUAUUUAUUGCUGCUGUUUUGACAAGACUGCCUCAGCUUUUCUUCAUCUACCUCCCAACCUUAGUUGUCUAUUGCUGUGUAACAAAUUACCCCCAAAACUGUUGGCUUGAAAACAACAAUAACCACAUAUUCUCUCACCAUUUUUGUAGAUAAGGAAUUUGGGAAAGAAGAGGCUGGGUGGUGCUGGCUUGAAGUCAAUCAUGAGGCUACAUUCAAGAUGUUGCCCAGGGCUGCUGUCAGCUGAAAGCUUGACUGAGGCUGGAGGAUCCACUUGCAGGGAGGCUGUAUUAAUCACGUUUUUUAUUUUCUGUAUUUUAUGUUUUGACAUAAGCUGCGGGGCCUUACAAAUGGAUGGAGAGACUGCUCCUCCCAGGGCUAGGUAGUUACUAAAGACAGUUAAAAACUUACUUGGGAGCAUACCUCUCACACAAGCCAAGCACCUCCUUUAUCUACGUCACACACCAAGCCAGUAUUGCCCUUGCCUUAAAUUAUCAGGGCAGGGUGCCAGGCAACUAGAGACCACCCUUAUAGCCCAAAGCCCACCAGAAUUGUUCAAACUAGCCAAUCCUAAGCUGUUUACUCUGCCCUGCCUUGCCUUUGCCAAAGAAACCCCAAUAAAGGCUGUGGCCUAAGCUUUCCCCUUGCUCCUGCUUCUGCUGCCUGACCAAAACCUGGUGUUUUCCCUGUGGUCCUGCAUGGCACACCGGCACCCUUCUCUUGGGAAAAGUAAUAAAUUCUUCUUUCAGUAGUA